UACAAUUAGCCCAAGAUACUACAUGGUGUUAUUAGAUAUUAUAGCCUAGGCUAAUAAAAAAGAGUUUAUAAUUAAGAGAAUAAAGUAUUUUUACAGACGUUCGGUUUUGCACUGUCGGUUGCUUUACAAAAUCAAAAACGGGUAAUAAAUAAAAGGGUAGGCCUACAAGUAUACAAUUCAAUAAGAUGACGUCCGUAGUGUUUUUAUUGAUUCGUUUUAUUUACAUAAUUUUAACAAAAACACAUUGGAGAGAACUUAAAAUCUAAAAAUAAAUAAACUAUUAUAUAAGCAUAAGAACGUUGCAUUUCCCUUCAAAUACAUAGCCUAUAGAUAAGUAAGGAUAGGGCACACGUUUUGGGUUUUAUGUAGCAUAUGGUUUGAUCACGCCUGCGUAGUCCUAAUUAAUCUAGCCUCGAAACCUUAUAAUUAACUAACUAGCCUAUAUUAUAUAUGGCUCCAGUCCUGCGUCGCCCCCCGUCGUCUUUCUCGCAGAUGGUGUGUAAGUUUGCCCCUCCGUGUUGCUGCAAUAACCUCACGGUACCAGAUUUCUCACCCUCACGCUGGGGCGCACUGUUUAUACAACUGGAGAUGUCCUCACACCAAAAUGUCCGUAGCAGUCUCUAUCCCAGUCAUUUGGCAAACAGCACCAAACCCCCUCUUAAAACAACCUCGGAUCAUUUGGCAUCGGCAUCAUCGUCCAGCCCCGCCUCUGCAGCUCCAGCUCCAUAAAAACCCCGAGAGCGACUUUCCUUCAUUUAUUCGCUCCCCUCCGGAGGAUAACGACUCAUCCCAGGCGUCCAUCUCCAAAACAGGACUAUUUGGGAAUAUCGCCCAGCAAAAAAGAGAAAUGAAUUCUGUGUGCGUUGCCGCUCCUCUGUCCAGUGCAAUGAACACUGACAUCCAGCAGUCUAGCAGCCCAGCUUCCCUUUGGAGACCGUGGCUCAUGACAAGAAAGGAUGCACAAACUGAAUGCCGCAGAACCAAGUUGGCUUGUCCUUACUCCAGGCCAGAAGUGCCCAGUAACACUACAACAGAUGGCAAAAUGCAGUCUUUCCAGCACCCUGUCAGGCUGUAUUGGCCCAGAUCAAAAUCCUACGACUACCUCUUCAGCGACGGCGAGGCCCUGCUCAGAAAUUUCCCAGUGCAGGCCACCAUAAACUUCUACGAUGAGUCAGACAGCGAGGAAGAGGAGGACAGCUGUGAUGAAGAUGACGACAGCGAUGCUGAGGAGUGUCUUAAACUUAACAGUCACUUCACCAGUUACAACUGAACGUUCAUCCUCACCCGUCUCUGCAACAGUGACUUUCUGCUGAGAAAAAGACAUCAACACUGGAUAAUGCCACAUCGCGCUCCAUUAGAGAAGUCGUGCCAUCAAUAAUUCAGUGCAUGGACAUGGUGUUUCUUAUGAGCAUCUAGAGCACAACCAGAGUGAUUUUUACUGAUUGUUUUAUGCAGGAAACAUCAGUUACAUGAAUGUAGAUUUAGAUGUGUCUUGCAUAAAAGUCAUUUCUGUUAAAAACAGUGAAAAUGCAAUCCCACAUUGGGAAAUGUUGUUUCAGAGCGAUCUCAGGGUUCUUAUAAAAUUCUGUUUGUAUUCUAUUACCCAUCCCUAAUUUAAUAAUAUGAUUUAUGUACAUUUUAUGUAUAUAUGUAUUUAUGGCAUAUUUUUCUACUUUUUUACUUUUGAUUUAAAAUAAAAAUCUAUAUUUAAAUGAGUGCAAACCUCGUCUGUUUGGGAUUUGUGCUUCUGAUAAGUCUCUUUUUUUGGAACUCGCUUGAGUCCUUUGAUGUUUUCUGAUUACUGAGAUCUGUUGACUAGGAGGGGCUCUGCUGUUUGUCCAGGGUUCAAACAAAAGAGCUUUGAUAAAGGACACUGUCUACUAUGACAAUGUCCCCUUAAGAAUGUUGGAUUUUCAAGAUUGGACUCUUUCUGUUAAAGUCAAAGGUCAGCAGAGAACUGAUUUGAUAGCUUUGCUACUUCUAUGAAUAAAUAUGAGAAAAGGCAGUUUCUUAUCGGAGGACAUUGACGUGGUUAUAUCUACCAAAGGGCCAGAAAAAGAUCAGAACAGUUAUAACAUUUUGACUAUGAAAAGCCUCUAACACUUCUAAGAUAAA